ACGUAGACGUUGUCAGUGGCAACGAGAGGUAUCACUUCCGAGUGAAAAGGUCGUUCAAUUCAUUAAAGAUGGCUGCCUCCACGCAGAUGGCUACCUCUGAGCUGUACUGCUGGGAAGGCGAUUGGGGUUUACCUUCUGUCGACACAGAGUGUUUAAUUGUAUUGGCUUAUGCAAAGUUUGCAGGCGCACCCCUCAAACUUCACAAGAUCGGCAACCCCUGGAGAAGUCCCACUGGCUCCCUGCCUGCCCUGAAGACCAGCGAGAAUGGGAACCUCUCUCGGCCCAGUGACAUCAUCAUCCACCUCAGGAAACAGAAAUACAAUGCUGACUUCGACCUGUCUGCCAAAGAGGGAGCAGACACUCUGGCCUUCAUCUCACUCCUGGAGGAAAAACUGAUGCCAGCUCUGGUCUAUACUCGGUGGAUUGACCCUAAGAACUAUGUGGAGGUGACUCGGCGCUGGCACGCGGAGCAUGCCCCAUUCCCCCUGAACUUCUUCCUGCCAGGCAGCAUGCAGCGCCAGCAGCUGGGGAGGCUGAGGCUGGUCAGGGGAGACGAAGAGUUGACAGCAGGGGAGGAGGUGGAGAAGGAGCUGUACCGCGAUGCUAUGGAGUGUAUGGACCUUCUCUCUCAGAGGCUGGGCUCAAACAAGUUCUUCUUUGGAGACUCACCUUCAUCUCUGGACGCCUUUGUCUUUGGCUACUUGGUGCCCAUCCUGAAGAUGAAACUGCCCAAUGGAAGACUCCAGCAGCACCUCAAGUCACUGGACAACCUGAGCCACUUCUGCUCCAACAUCCUGGGGCUCUACUUCCCCAGCGAGGGACGAGAUGGUUUCAGUCGUAAGGUGUCCUCCCAGCCUGAAGGGGGUGACGCUGACAACGAGCCUGGUAAGAGGCGCAAGCAACUGCUGUCGGUCCUGGUGGCCCUGGGCGCCAUGUUGAGCUACGCCCUCCUCACCGGCAUUGUGGCUAUUCAACACGUCCAGCAGGAGACGCUAGACCACCGUCCCCCAGGCCUCAGGUCACUCUCCUCCCACGAGGAAGAGGAGGAGGAUGAGGGCUGAGGAUGGGGAGGAGGAGACGGCCGCAAUUCAAAACUGAUCUUCUGCCUCUAUUCCUAAUUCUUCGUUGACACUCCCUCAGAAGUCUGGAAUGACUGGAUAGGUGUUAACCAAUAUGGCAGAAACUCCAGUUAGCCUUAUAGGCUAGGUGGAACGUUUACUCUACUGCUGAUGCCUCAACAAUCCCUUCAGAUCCUGGAGGAGGAGUCAACACGAAGAAGGGGCAAGGGGUUGGUGUUUGAUUGGGCCAAAGCCAUAGAGUACGAUGAAGAGGAGGAGGAGCAUUGUGGAAAUAUACAUUAAGAUGCUUCAACGAUGCACCAAGAGUGCGCCGAUGUCUUACUUGGAGAAGAAUGUUUGGACGUUUUCUCUGCUUUGAUCCAAAUCAUGCCAUUGCUUUUCUCAAAUUUCUGUUGCUUUAUCUUAUUCAAAUGAUUAUACUUUAGUAUGUAAGUUGUAUUAUUGAGGGAACAAAUCCCAGAUAGCAUUUGUGAAAUUGGAAUUGUUACUGGAUUGUUAGUAGCAUUAGCACAUUCUUUCUGAACACUUGCCAAAAUAACCACCAUCUACACCACAGUAGACAGUGUGUGAGGUCUCUAGAUGUUUAGAAAUAAUAAUAAUUUCAACAGAGCACUUGAACAUAAGGCUGAGAACUGUUUUAUAAUUUUUCACCUACCAUGAAUUUGAGGGCCAGGCCUGCAAUUUGGGGCAUUUAAAUGUUUCAGGACCGCUUCAAAAUAUUGUGGAAAUUGCCCUCCCCAGGGAAGUUCAAUAAAUCACUUUAAUGUUCCAAUACAUCUGCUCGCUGUGUAAAGGCUUCCCCUGCUUUAGGAUGAUAGUUGAUCUCUUCAGCCAUACGGGGUUACAUUAUUGUCUAAUUCAGAGUUGCAAGAAGCUCAUUGACUUUGUAUUUUUCAAUUUCUUAAAGGUAGCCUGUUGGAGAGUAAAAUAAUUUAUGGUAUGUACAUUUGUAAUGCAAUUGUUAGUGGAGUUAAACUUAUUCAAUCUUGUUUUGAGGGCAGAACUAAUGUUACACACAGGUUGCCAUACACCUUAACCCUAAACUUAAUCCAACCCCUGAACCUGCCUAACCUUAACCAAUUGGGAUUACUUGCCUAAAUUUAACCAAACACAUUUGUUUCUGCCCUCGAGGCAAAGCUGCCCUCAGAACCAGAUACAAUAAAUAUAUGCCAAAAUGAGGAUGUGGGCUAUAAAGAUGAGGAUGGUCCCAUAUUGAGGGGGGAACACCUGUAGCGUGAAUAAAUAGCAUACAUUUUUUAUAGUGUGAAUAGGAGUUGAAAAAGCAAACUGUAAAUAUAUUAAUGUAGGCUUCAUUUUCAUGGUUGAAUAAAUGGAUCACAUAAAUACUUUAAAA